GAUCAUUAAUAGCGUACCUGCGAAAAGAGUUGACGAAAGUGAUUUUCCUUUCCAUGCCAAGUGCCAACAUGUAUAUAACUCAUAAAUUAUUACUCCUCAUCAUGAACAGAGUUGCGUCUUUGUUCCUCUUGUUUCCACACGCUUUCGAUUCAUUCACUUUUUAUUAUUUCUCUUUCAUCUUGGUCCUAACUGUUCCUUCAUUCCACCAAUCAAUCGCUUCAACCGAGACCCACUUCACAGAUGACUUAAAGUGUGAUGCUUUCAAGCACGAGAAAACAUUAAUAGGUUUGAUCUGCACUGAAACGAAGGUGGGUGGGAGAAAGUUGGUUCCUUUUUAGUUUCAGGACUUGUGGGUUUUGCUCCACUUUUACUAAGGCAUGAGUAAUCAUUUGGGGUUGAAGUAUUGCUGUAUCGGCUGCUAGUACGACUACUUAUGUUUCGGAGACUCAGAUGGUUUGUGGGUCUGAAUCAGAAGAAUUGGUCAACCAAAAGGUUGGUCCAUGUUGAACAUCAACAUCCUGGCCCUGCAAGGCCAAACCAGUUGCCUGUGCUCGAUGCCGUGCACGAGGUUGCAAUUUACAUUCAUAGGUUUCAUAAUCUUGACCUCUUUGAACAAGGAUGGUACAAAAUCAAGGUGACCAUGAGAUGGGAGGAUGGUGAAGACUCCUAUCCCGGGAUUCCGGCGCGGGUUGUUCAGUAUGAAGCUCCUGAAGUGGGUUCUGACAAUUUAUGUAGAGUCUGGAUGAUUGAUGAUACAGACAACAGUUUUUCAACACCGCCAUUCCAUAUUAAAUAUGCAAGACAGGAUGUAUAUCUUUCCAUCAUGAUCUCAUUCUACCUGUCUUUUGGUGUGUGUGAGGUACAAUCCUCUUCUGUCAUCUUGAAGUUUGAACUCAUGCAUGCUCCUAUAACUCGAACUGGGCCUGAGUUACAAGGUUCUCUGGAUCCAUAUGUUGCUUCAGUUCAUGAAUAUAAAAUCCCCCCUAAAGCUCUUCGAGGAUUGCAUUCAUAUUGUCCUGUUCAUUUUGACGCUUUCCAUGCUGUCCUUGUUGAUACAAGCAUUCACAUCAGCCUACUAAAAGCUAGUUAUCACACAUCUCAACAGAAGGUAUCCAGUGAAUCCAGAGGUUCAGAAGGUGCUUAUGUUGAAGAUUAUGUUGGGUCAAACAAGGUUAUGCUCAUCAAAGCAUUGAUGGCUGCAUAUGAUAUCCUGCUUGAAGAUUUGAGAAGAAUAAGCACAGGCAUUGGCAAAGCUAUUGAUUUGACUGAAAUUACUUUUGAAUCAGAUGCUACAGAAUGGUUUGCUCCUACUCCACCUGCAUGUGUGGAAAGUGUUGAUGGUGAACCAUCACUUCAACUGUCUGACAUGACACAAGUAAUAAGUGCCGAGAAGUCUGCUUAUUAUAUCAAUAACCUUACUGAGAAGUCUAUCCAACCUUUCUCUUGGGAUGAUCAUCUCUUAAGCUCUUUCCAGUCUCUAGGGAAUCAUCUCUUAUGUCUCUGGAAUAUAUUUCUGAAAUUCCACAGGGAAAACAGAACAAAAAUAUUGGAAUUUCUGCGGAAGUCCUGGGUGAUUGAUCGGAGAACUGAAUGGUCUAUAUGGAUGGUGUACUCAAAGGUUGCAAUGCCUCAUCAAAAUAUGAUCAAUGGAGUUGAGGGGACGUCCAUGUCCCACGGUGUACAUAGAAGUUCAAUACUAACAAGAAGAUUUACUGAUGAUCCUAUUCAAAGUGCAACAAUGCGUGCAGAACUUCACAGGCGGGGAAUAUCACAAAUGAGGAUAAACAAUAGGUCACUUCAAGACAUGUUUAUAUUUGGAGAUCUUCUGCUGGUUCCUAUCAUUAUUAUAGAACGCUUGACAAACGGGUACCAUUCUGCCAGUGUGAACUCAGACUUCAAUUCUUUGGAUGACAAAAACAGGCAUAUUCUAGAAAAUGGAUCCAGAGCCGCAAAGAAGUUGUUUGGUGGCAGUUCACAGCAGAAUGAGCUUGUUUUAAGGAUAGUUGUUUUUGUUCAUGGAUUUCAGGCAUGUUUCACAUUCUUGCAGUUGCUUUUACCUUGAUCUGAGUUUUGUCUCUCUUUGUUGUUACUUUGGCCUUCAGUCUUUUAGAAGUUACAAUCCAAAGUGGUUUUCUCUGAAAACUGAAGCUGCAAUUUAUGUUCUGGGA